AUGGGGAACGGCCAAAUUAAUGCCCGUGCCUCCACUGAGGAGCACCUCAGGAAGUGGGAAGCCGCUCUGGCAGCACUUGAGAAGGUGUCAAAUUCAGGCCGCCGUGCAAUGGAAAGGGAUCGGGUUUACUACGGCGGUGCAGAAGACGCGCGCAGUGGAAAUGAAGAGGUAUUGGAGGGUUCAAUGCGCGGAGCGUGUCGGUCCUCGCAGGUUUCAUUCAGCACGACAGCUGGGGGCUCUGAGUCGUCGUGUACCGAGCACCAGCCCCCACGGCGACAGAACCAAACGCCCAACGAAAACAACGGGCGGUCGUGGGGAACGAACCAAUCAGGCAACACGAGUAACAUUAACAAUGCGGAGCAAUCGAGGACUGGAUCCCUUGUAGGUCAACACAGAAGCCGCCAACAGGUGGUAGAAAUUCGCAAAGCCCGUAUGGCAUUCUUCAAGAGUUACGAGGUGCAGCGGGAUUACGAGCAUAAGGCUAUUAUGGAAUGCGGCCACUUUGGUGCUGCUGCAGUUGCUCUUUCCUACCUUCUCGGAGGUGCGCGCGGCUGCAGGGAUCGCAAAAAGUGCGUUACCAUGGAAGAUAUAUUUUUUGCUGUCCACUUACCCCUCCACUACCUCCACAGCGGUGUCCAGACACUACAGGUCAUGAGCGACAUUCUCCGUGAGUUUAUUGAUGUUGACAAUCGCUUCAAGAACGAGUAUGGCCUUUCUGUUGUCCAUUUUGACAUCUCGCCCGUCGUUGGGCAGGUGGAACUUGGUCGCAACGAGGUGGGCGAUCGGCAGACGUGCAUGCAGUUGCACGAGUUCACAAAAGCCAUAGCCAACGACAGUGAAGAGCAGAUUCAAGCAGUACGCAUUGUAAAUUAUGAUCCAUACGUUCUCCAGCAGGAAACAUUCGUUGACAACUUUGUGGAUGGAGAUGACGACGUCUCCGCCCUCGCAGACUCUAUCCGUGUUGGAUUAAGGGAUCAGGAGAGGCAAUAUUCUAAAAAUAACAAUGGAGUGUACGCUGUUAUUGUGGAGGUGCGGUGUGUAGUGGAGCUGAUGGUUACCCUCGCAGAAGGUAUCGUUGAUGAUCAGUUGCACGUAAGGUUGUUUGAAGUUCCUGCCGCAGCCCUUUUCAAGGCGAUGACAGUACCGUUGGAGAAUGAACGAGCGCGUGGUUUCAUGCGUAUCUUUCGCAAGGAUAGCGUGCCGGUGAUGUCCCACGACGAAGUUCAAUCCAUGUUCUCGCCUGAACUGGCGGGAGGAAAUGUACUUGGCACGACAUCUAUGGGAACCCAUGCCUCUGCCAUCUCAGGCCACACCAGCCCUCACAUCAUCGCAGUUGCGUGGGCGAUGCACCUUCUCGGAGGUGACAGAGCAAGUGCGCACGGCCACGGUAAUGGGCUACCAGUUUCGGAUAUUGUCCGCACCAUGAAGUUUCCAGCAGAGGUGCUCAUCGACAGCACGCUGCCGUUGGGAGAGGUAUUCAAAUACGCGCGAGAGUACAUCCGCCUUACGGAGCGUAAUUACGAUGUCUCCAUUUACCCUAUUCUCACAAACACCUCUCGAGAAGACGCGGUGCCAACCAUCUCUGUGUUCGAGCUGGAGUCAAUUCUCACCGACGUAAAGAAUGCAAACAAGGAUCCUGACGCCCCGGAGCACGUCAUGGUGAUUAUGUAUAAUGCUAACGUUGCGCACAAUGUCCUGUACGUCAGCAAUACUCCCCAGUGGUGCGUGCUCUCCGGUUAUGAUGAGGAGUCACAGGUGGUGUCGCUUAUUGAUGCGCACCCGAAGAAGUUCAUGAAGCUCUGGACUUGUUCACUUGAACGCCUGCAUCGGGCUAUGACCUCAAACGGAUACCUUAUAUUCUCCAAGCGCACCGCAGCCAGCACACAUGUGGGAUUAAGUCAUGAUGAGACAUGGUGUGACUCGCUGCCUUUGGGACAUGAAUCGCAGGCUCCGCGGGUUGGGGCCUUGAGGCGCGUGGAUCCAACUGUGCAAAGAUACCUCGCUCUACUAAGGGACCAAGAUGCACUCGGUGUGACGAGAAGGGAGGUGAUGAGAACAUUGUGUUUUCCAUCAUUGCCAUUGAGCCCAACGAUGAUUGCGCUAACUUUAACGGAGUUGGGCUGUCCUACGACAUUUGAAGACGUUAUUGUUGCCCUACCCUUCGAAAUAUCGUCGUUGAUGCUGCGCUACUUCACGCUUGAAUCAAUGGCUGUUUGCCUCACGACGUACGUGGAGCAUGUCGGUCUUAAUGUAAGCGUAAAGGCCUAUCAUACUGACAGGCGAAACGGCAACAAAGCACGUGUAACCGUCGAGGAGUUUGAACAAAUCAUGGAGGAAUGCUUGGCGGACCGUGGCAAGGCCCUCGUCAUGUUGUUCAACACAAAUGAAAUUGAGGUGUUCGGUGACUCCCGUCCAUUUGGUUCCACAGGCCUAGUUGUUGGUUACAAUAAGGCAACCGGCGGCGUGACGGUGAUGGAUACGAAUCCCAACCGAUACUUCCGCACAUGGUCCGUGUGCCUCCACACUCUCUUCAGGGCCAUGCAUGAUGCGGACACCGUUCACCGCCGUUGUGGCUUCCUUAAAGUGUCACACUGCACGACUCUUCCGGCACCAUCGUUUCCACUUGAGUAUUCUCGAGAAACACCGUUGCGUAUGCUGCCUCUACGGAACAUUUUCCAUGUUAGCCCAUCGCCGCAUUUCCAGGCACUUUCGUGCGCCUUCACCCAGCUUGGAUUCUUCUACUCACCAGAGGAGAUAUUUUACGAGGCGUACCUUCAGACAAUGAACCGUCAACGUCGCCGGGGGACUCAGGCAUUUGCGUGGCGUGACGUGGAUGUAUCUCUUUCAGUGAUUAACAAGCAAAUCGAUACAGUAUUUCUCGCCCAGAUUUGCCGCAUGUUUCUGGAAUCUCGCAAUUCUACAAGGGGGUCAAGUGACAGUCAAAUCGAUGAACACAAUGAUGAAGAGUGGCUUGUGCAUGUGGAGGUCAUGGAGGAUGUGACGGAAGGGAAUAUCGAUUCGAUUCUUAGAGAUGCCACACGUCGGGAGAAUAAUAACACAGUUCUCCUCCUGAACUACGACACUGCCAUAGCGCAUGACGUGGUGGGUUUUGGCCGCAGUGCAGCACUGAUAAAGGCGUACAACCCCGAUACCAAGUCUGUAUUGCUGUGGGAGGCGGAGCACACUGUCUUUGGUAUGUUUUGGACUGUCGAUGUUCCUAAAUUUAUUGAAAUUGGUAACCUGAUGGAUAAGGGUCGCAGUCCUUACGGUCUUGUGAAAUUUGAGAAGGUAAAGCGGAAGUUGUCAGGGCGGCGAACACUCAUGAAACACCUCGAUGCUCAUGAGGGAGGCAGCCCGUCGAAGGGAUUUGAUGACGUGCCGUCGGGGCCCAUGGCGCUACGACGUAAUCGGGAGAUGAUGACGAGAUUCCUUUUUUCUCCUCAGGAGUCGCCGGAUAGAAGACGAUGA